GAGUGUCAGUUGAUCAACUUCAUUCGAGGUGGCGAAAUGAUGAGAGUUUCAGUGCUGCUGCCUCUGCUUGGCUGUCUGCUCCUGGGCAGCUCGUGGGCACACCAGGAGAUGAGUAAUCUGCUGGCGCAACAAGCCAAGGAAUUUGACUUAUCUGCCACUGAAGUGGAAGCCCUGCGACCAUUUUAUCGUGAGCUGCAAACACAGCAUGACUAUCUAUACAGCCUGUCGAUGCAGAGCGGCGAUGGCAGCGCCCAGGUGUCGCUGCCCAAGGUUGAGCCAUUGGACGCCACCUAUGCGAAGGUCUUUGAUGAAUUUCGAGAGCAGUUUAAGGGCUAUUUAAGCUACAAGCCCAUCAUUGAGUACGACACAAAGCUGCCCUCGCUGGAGGAGAUGGUGGGCCAGCCCAGCAGUGACUUGACUGAGCAGGAGCUGCUGGAGUUGCAGGAUCUGCUGGACAUACUGCAGGAUUUAGUCGAUGAAUCGCAGCUGGGCAUUGAGCAACUUGUGGCACGCGCCACAGACUUGGAAAUCAAUCUGCUGAAGCUGAACAAGCCGAAGAUUGUGAUGGCCGCCAUUGCUGGGCUGGAGGCAAUGUGGCACACCUGGGGGCGUGCCUCGCAAGCCGCCUACUGCAGCUAUUCGCAUGUUCCGCAGUUUACGGAAGCUCUGCAUGCCAUCAACGGCGGUGUUGACUGCUACACCUACACCAUGGGGCUGAUACUGAAAGUCCAGGAUGAAACUGUCUCCUCCGUCAAGGAGAUCAAGCAAAACGUGAAGCAGCUGGUUAGCAUCUACAAAAAGAUAAGCGCCAAGAAAACAUUGGUGGGCAAAAUACUCUCCGGCACACUAAACGUAUUCAAAGCUCUACGCCGGCUGCACGACAUUAUCGCCGUGGGCAUCGCUGGCUACGACAAAAUCAACAAUCAGCUGCCAGGCGCUGCGUUGCAGUCGGUGCAAUGUGGCCUGGAAUUUAAGGACAGCAUUCCGCAAAUGGUUGAGACUGUACAGAAUCUAACGGUAUGCAUUACGUUUGUGGACACAGAUAAGCCGGAAUACGAUUUCCUCAAACCAGAGAACGAACGCUAUUGGAACACCGGCGCAGAGCCCGUGAAAAUUGAUCAGGAAAACGACAUUGCAGAGGACGACGAUGAUGGCAGCGAUAAUAUCGACGAUGAUUACGUAGAUCAUCGCUAGAAUUAUCUGGUUAGUUGAUAAUAUUUGAGGAGGCC